GAAGUGAAACAGAAAGAGUGCUAAGAAGUGUGGUUAUGAUGAAAGCGUAGAAAAAACUGUAACGAAAGGCGCGUGACACAACGAAAGAAAACUUUUCUUGUUAGUAACACUUCGAAGGUUGGAAACGCAAGGAAGAUUUUGUGUGACAGAUUAGCUGUUAUAACAAAAAUAUAAGGACGGCUUCAAACUCCUCUCUCUCUCUCUCUCUCUCUCUCUCUCUCUCUCUCUCUCUCUCUCUCUCUCUCUCUCUCUCUCUCUUUUUCUCUCUCUAUAUUCUCACUCUCUCCAAAAUAUAUAUAUACAUACACACACAAAACUUGUUCACUCACACACACACUCUUAUUUUUGUGUCUCUUUCUUUUCUUGUUACUUUUAUUAUAACUUCUUUUGGUUUGAGUGUUUUUUCUCAGUUCUAAUUCAGUUUACAUAAUGGAGGAGUUUGUUAUGGAGGAAAAACUGAUGGGUUUUUCUAACAAAGAUGCAACCCAUGUUGUGAAGCGAAAACGCACUAAGAGGUUGAGACUUUUAUCUCCUUGUGGUGUUGUUUCUACUGUAUCUAGUUGUUCAAGUGGUGAAAGCAAUACUGAUCUUGAGGAUGAUGAAGAAGAUAUGGCUAAUUGUUUGAUUCUCCUUGCUCAAGGAGGAAAUCACAAGCAACAUGGUGGUGCUGGUGAAGAUGAGGAGGGUGAUUAUGAUAACAAAAGGGAAAAGGGUAGUAUUGGAAAUAAAAAAAUUGAUGAAGUUGUAACCGCCACAAAAGGUGGUUUGUAUAUUUAUGAAUGCAAAACAUGUAACAGAACUUUUCCUUCUUUUCAAGCUUUGGGGGGUCACAGGGCGAGUCACAAAAAGCCUAAACUCAUGUCUGAGGUGAAAAAACCACCUCCAUCGCCGCUGUCACAAUCACAACUACAAACUUCAUCGCAGGAUUCGCAACCAGUUAAAUUAAAAUUACUGGUUGCGAAGUGUGAUGAGUUUGAAGUAGUAGCUGAGAAGCCUCGUGGGCCAACUAUUUCUUUUCAUAUGGGGAAUCAAAGUUCGAGAGGUGUUAAUGGAAACAAAGCAAAGAUUCAUGAGUGUUCCAUUUGUGGAUCGGAAUUCUCAUCCGGACAAGCAUUGGGUGGACAUAUGAGGAGACAUCGGACAUCUUCGGGAAACGCGGCUGCUGUCGCGGUGGUUGACGGAGGAGUUAGGCCGCCACGGAAUAUUUUACAGUUGGAUCUUAACCUUCCGGCGCCGGAGGAAGAUAUCCGGGAAGCAAAGUUUCAGUUUCCGACACAGAAAUCUAUGGUUAUGUCUGCUGCUCCGGCUUUGGUGGAUUGUCAUUAUUAGGCAAUGGUGGAAUGAAUUGAAAGAAAAGUUUUAUUUUCUAUUAAUGAUUUAUCAAUGUGAAUUAUUAUAGAAAUAUUUUAAUUUACAAUUAUUCAUAAUUAUCCAA